GAUUUGUAAUCCGAAUGGCCCAACCGUGCCGAUGACUGUCGAUGAGAUGUAAUAGUCUGGUAUAUCCCUAGCGCCAUAAUGCUGUAAUAACGCCAUCCGAAACGCCCGACCGAUCCCAAAAACAAACCCUGCACAGACCCGAAAGACGACCCAGGCCGCCGUACUACACCCAUCUGGCAUGCCAGCCAGCCGCGUAACAACGCAAUUGUGACCCGCGGCCAAAACUCAAAAAACCCAGGCCCGAGACAAUAGACCAUGCUGAUGCUAGAGAAGAGACCAAGAAACAUGCCAGCCCAAGCGCAACAAGAAUGCUGUGCGCGUCAUGUGUGUCUCGCGCCAACCAAUGCCCGUCGAAAAUGCUCAGGAAAAGACGUGCCCCAAACGCGGCAACUCAACUCGGCGACUCAACAGCCAAGUUUCCCCCCACAAGCCGUGCCCUACAGUUCCUCGUCUAUCAUAUCAUCAUCAUCGUCCUCGUCCUCGUACCAGCGGCACACCUGCUCGACAGCCACGUGGCCAGGCCCAUACCCAGAGCCAGUGCGCAUGAACGAAGUCUCUUAGUUGAACGGGGCAGGAACCGACGGCCCAGCAACGCCAAACCCAGCCACGCUGCUGCCGGCUGCGCUGUGCCAGGGGGGAUCUGCAAGGCCUGCGUGGUCUGCGUGGUCUGCGUGGCCUGCGUGGUCUGCGUGGUGCACGCCAGGUCGAAUUCGGCGACGGGGUCCUGGCCAGCGACGGCGAGAUCCUCGCGAUGGCGGCGGGAGAGGGGGCUGCCGCGGGAGCGCUCCGAUGCGCAGUGUUGACAGCGGCGCUUGAUGCUCAGCUAGCGCCGCAAGCCUGGUUUUGUCAAGGGAGACGGUUAGUUUAGUUAACCAUCAGGAUUCGAGGGAGGGAGGUUCCGUCUGUACAGGGUUAAAGAGUAACUAGUGGAAAGUGGCUGGGAACUGUACUCACGCUCGGCUUGCCACGCAGCCCGAGAUCUCGUGAUGUCCCGCGGGUGGCGGGCAUGUCUGCGCCCGCGGACCGGGACUCUGCGGCCGAUGGGUGAGGGCAGGCGAAAAGAGGGGAUGGCGUCGUCGUCAGCGGCGGCGGGGGCUGCGCUCCCCCUGCGAAGAGGGGCGGCCAGAAGAAGAGGCGUCCUCCAUUGCGGAAGCUGGAAGGCGGUGUGCUGGUAUCUAGCCCGGGCAGUUUCAGUUAGCAGAGUAGGCCGAUAAUUGGCAAACAUGAAUGCUAAAUUAAAC